AUGGCCUGGCAAUCUCUGUCGGGUAUGGGGAGUGGAGGAAAUGGGGGGAAUGGUCCUCAAGAUCCCCAGCAACAGGCGAGCCAACAGCCACAAGGAACGGAAUACACAUUGCAAGGUGUAAUGCGCUUCUUGCAGACCGAAUGGCACCGACAUGAGCGAGAUCGAAACGCAUGGGAGAUCGAACGACAAGAGAUGAAAGGCAGAAUCGCCCGCUUAGAGGGAAGCACGAGAAAAUCUGAUAGCUCGAAUAAAGCGCUGAAGAAAUAUGUUAAUAUGUUGGAGAAGGCUUUGAAGGAGAGAGAUUCUCAAGUCAAGGCGCUUAAAGCUGGGAGCGACGUAAAUAUCGAAUCUGUGCGGGACCGCAAGGAGAAGGAGAGCGCGGCUUUCAAGAAGGAUAACCCUCGGCCAGCACCAAAGAAGCCCCAUAAUUCAUUCUUGGUAGUCGAAGGAGAGGAGGGGGAUCAGAUAGAAGAUGACCCAGAUCGUGGAAAUCUCAAAGGCUUCAUGGACAAGACACAAGGAGAGCUUACCUACCUUAUGAUAUCGCCUUCAAAUCCCAUACCUCCUCGAGAACCACCGCACGAAGAGAUAUCGCUCCAGCCACCAUCGUUCGCUCCAGCACCAAGUCAGCAAAGCCUGGAAGAUAUGUAUCAAGCUCAAGCACGACAGAAAAAUAUGCGCGAACCAAAUGUUACCCGUCCAUCACCGACUCCAAAUCAUCAUCCUCCACCUGUGCCUAUGGCAUCUAGCCUCUCGGUUAGAAAUGCGGCGCCAGAAUCUGCUCCUAUGUCUCGCUCUCUAGCCGAUCAACAGCCAUUACCGCAAAGUUUACAACAGCAAGAAUGGUCAUCUACCUUUCAGCUUGGAGAACAACCUCGGGAAGAACAGGUCACCAGAAUCAAUUACACUUUCAAUUCUUACGGAAGGGAGAUAACUCCUCAGGAGACUGGAGACAAAGAGCCAUCAACAGAAGCAGAUGGAUGGGAUUUCAAUGAGUCGGCGCAAUUUCCUGAGCCAGAAAACAAGCCCGCUCCACUGAGACCCGACAAUGACCUUUUUCCUGUGGCCCAAGACCCUCCCAAAUCCCCAAGUCGAGGACCUGGCUCGCACCGACGAAAAGGAUCCAUGUCUAGACGAAAAAGUGCAGACCCAGAAUUAUCGUUGAAUCCGGCGCAGAAGGUCGAAAGUGGGAGUUUCAGGGUCAGAUUUGGCCUGAGAGGCCAUUUGGACGCUGUUCGAUCGGUGAUAUUUAGUGGUGGUGGAAGCCCUGGUGAGCCCGAGUUAUGCACCGCUGGGGAUGACGGAACGAUCAAGCGAUGGAUUAUACCAGCUCGCUAUGACACACAAGCAGGUAUGCAUGCUGCGCCAAGCGAUUUGGAUAUCCAGAGCUAUUUCACCCACCGAGGCCAUACUGGAACUGUAAUGUGUCUGACGGCUUGGUCGCCAUCUCAAAACUUUUCGAGUGGAGGUCGCGCGCAAGGGGAUGGGUGGAUAUUCUCCGGUGGUCAAGAUGCAACGGUGCGAGUAUGGGAAAGAGGACGAGUUGAUCCAAAGGCCACCCUGGACGGUCACACGGACGCUGUUUGGACAGUGUGUGUCUUACCUGGAACAACAGGCUCUGUGUUUGGACCAAACAACCAGUAUGGCGGUCCUGAUAGGAUACUUCUCGUCUCUGGAGCUGCUGAUGGGGUAGUAAAAGUCUGGUCUGUCAGUGCCCCGCCACAGUUGAUAUCGCCUCAAAGCGGUAGCAGCGGUCGAAGAGGAGGUCGUGUUCGAGGGAACUCAAUGUCGUCCGGCUCUGCGUUUCCUUCAUCGCCACAACCCAGCAUAGCGUCGACUUCUCCGUUUAGCUAUACUUUGAUUCAUUCGAUAUCGAGAGCCAACAGCGAUGCCUCUCCAACUUGUAUCACGCCUCUAUCAGCAGCAGGAGAUGCUUUUGUUGUCUCAUACUCUGAUGCUGCUGUUAUUGUCUACGAUACCAGAACCGGCGAGGAAGUUGCUGCAAUGGCUAGCUUAGAAACAUAUGAUGGAACCAACAGUACUGGUGUCAAUGCUAUCGUAGCCACUACUAACGGGCUUGAUGGUUCGUUAAGUUUCGAUUCUGGGAGAGCACUUUCCGAGGAUGAUAGUAUUGUCGGUGGUGCAACCAGAUCAAGUGGUGGUGUCGAGGGAAUCAUAAUCAGCGGGCAUGAAGACCGAUUUAUACGAUUUUACGAUGCUAAUAGUGGGCAAUGCACAUAUAACAUGCUCGCUCACCCAGCUGCUAUAUCGGCUCUCUCCCUCUCCCCAGAUGGUCGCGAACUCGUCUCCGCCGGCCACGACGCAAGCCUUCGUUUCUGGUCCUUAGAAACGCGAAGCUGUACUCAGGAAAUAACCUCCCAUCGCCUCAUGCGCGGCGAAGGUGUAUGUUCCGUAGUCUGGAGCCAGGACGGAAGAUGGGUCGUCAGUGCCGGUGGCGACGGAGUUGUAAAGGUAUUUGCACGAUGA